GAAAACUUCGUUGCUACUGUUAGUUGGUCAUAUACUUUAAUAUGGAUUCAGAUAACGAGGCAGCCCCUUUGAUUCCGCAUAACCCAAGGGUGCUGGCAUCAAACCCCGAUAACGAUGUCUUAUUAGAAACUGCAAUCAACGAUGCUCUCCAGUCGUUUCAGGACCCAGAGCUGGGAGAAGAAGAAGAUGAGGAUGUUAUUUGGCUCAGAGAACAACGGGAGUUGAAUAAAAGUUUGCACUGGGCGAAAAGACCAUCAGCUUUGCAGAUUGGAGGAAUUUUAUUUUUUGCAGGACUCAUUUCUAAUUUCCUUCAGCCAAGUUUAGAGAGUAUCUAUAAUAAACUAGCUUGCAAUUCGUUAAUUGAAGAAGGACGUGAUGGUACCUGUGAUCCUGCAGAGGUGCAAGUAUUUCUUUCAAGUUUUAAUUCAAUAGUAUUAAUUUUAUCACUGAUUGUUUCAAUUAUAACUGCUACUCAAUACGGUAGAUUAUCUGAUAUAUACGGGCGUAAACCAUUUAUAAUAUUUGCUUUUGUCACUAUAUCAUUAUCGACUUUAUUGAGUUUCUACCUUAUCAGUCAUUAUUCAACAUUUAAAUUUGGUUGGUUGGUUUUUUCAAAUGUUAUAGCCACCAUUGGUGGUAGUAUUCCUACGUUAUUGGCAAUUUGUAAAGCUUAUAUUAGUGAUGUUUCUGAACCUCAUGAAUUGGUUUAUAGUUUUGGGUUGAUUGUAAGUGCUACUUCGCUUGGAUUCUCCAUUGCUCCUCUUAUAACUAGUUUAAUUUUCAGAAUUCAUGAUUACUUUCCGAAUCCAGGAUCCUCAUCUACUUUACAGCAAAUUGAUAAUUUUGAAUUUAUUCCAAUUAAAAUCGGUGCUAUUUUAAUGUUAUUACUCACUCUAUAUACAAUUAUCCUACUCCCUGAAUCAAGAGGAACCAAGGCCAAAGCCAAGUCAAGAAGCUUACUGAUUUCAAAUUCCCCAGAAAGUCAAUCAUUACUUUCGCAUUUGAAAUUUUGGCAUUAUUUGAAAAUAAUGGUUUUACCUUCUGAUUCGGUCAAAUCUUCUAUCCCCCAGAAAUCUUUAACAAAGGCGAGGUUUUUAUUUCUUUCUAUCAAUUUUAUAAAUACAAUUAAUCUGAGUAUCCAUAUGGGACUUGCUACCUUGCUUGAUCAAUACGGUAUCUUCAAGUUUAAUUGGACUACUCCAGAUAUCGCUGGUGUAAGUUUUUUGACUUCAAUUGCAAGGAUUAUCGUUUUAGCAGUUAUAAGUCCUUUCCUCUAUAAUUUUUUAUUCCUUAAAGUAUUCAAAUUGAAAACAAAAGAUGAUAAACUAGAUAAAGUUGAUUUCAAUAUGAUUUUCAUUGCUUUGUUUUUCCAAAUCAUUGGUCUUUUCUUCCUUCCUUUUGCCUCCUCUAGCUCUCAAAUGGUCUUUUGGUAUACUUUGUCUCUGAUUUGUUAUAUUUUGGAUCCUACUCUCAGCUCGACAAGCUUGAAAUAUCUCUCUGAACAAAAAGCUGGUGAGUACUUUGGUGGAGUGUCGACUUUUGGUAACAUCGGUACCUUGAUUAUCCCUCCGGUUGUUUUCGUGGUUUAUUCCUUCGGGGUUCGUUGCAACUUUGCCGGAAUUGUGUUUUGGCUUUGCUCGUUGUUUUCCAUCUUAGCCUUGAUCGUGGUCAGUAUCGGUGAAUUCAUGAUCAAAGACCAAGAAUAUGGCACAGUUGAAAUCAAUCCACUUGAAAAUCACCAUUCUGAGUCCGAAGCAGACAAUCGAAAAAUUGCUGCAAAUGUCUUAGUCUCAGCUGCCUGAGCCUGCCACGUUCAUUUCUCUUUCUCCCCUGUUUUACUACACUUUUACUACAUUUAGUGCUUCACUUCUAUAUGUCUAUAUACAUAGUUAUGCUUUAAUUAUACACUAAUCUAUUAA